CGCCGGAAACAAUUGCUGUAAGCGCUUAGAGGAGAGAGUGCUCAUGCUCAUGCUCAUGUAACACAAACAUGUCGAGAAAUGUGAAAAUAGCGUUAAUUUUCGGGGGUUUUGUGACGGCGGUGGCUGCUGCGUUUUAUCCCAUAUUUUACUAUCCACUCACACAUAAAGAGGAAUACAGAGAAGUCCAGAAGAAAAACCGUGCAGGAAUCAACCAGGCAGAUGUUCAACCUGUGGGUGUGCAGAUCUGGUCUGAUCCUUUCAAACCUGGGAGCAAAUGAAGAGCAGUGACAGGCUGACCUUUACUUAUUCUAGACACUGAUUCUGUUUAUGAAGAUUGCAUUCUUUCUUUGUGUGUGUCUGUGUGUGUUGGAAUGAUGUCCAGAAUGUUUAAAUGAACACUGAAUAAUUCUUUCUUAUUCUUAUUCAAUAAAUAAAAUGUUAAGCUCAAACAAA